UGAACGGUCCCGAUUAACGAUCAUUUCCCCGUCUUCAUAUCGGGCCGAAAAAAACCCUCCCUCCGGUAAGAAGGAGAGGAGAGCUCCAGCGACGCCAUGGCACCUCUAAUUCCGAGUUCACAGCCAUGGGUGGAAAAAUACCGGCCGAAGCAAGUGAAGGACGUAGCGCACCAGGAAGAGGUUGUUCGGGUUCUCACCAACACGCUAGAGACUGCCAACUGCCCUCAUAUGCUAUUCUAUGGACCUCCUGGAACGGGCAAAACCACAACGGCUCUUGCCAUUGCACACCAGCUGUUUGGUCCGGAAUUGUACAAAUCACGAGUACUAGAACUAAAUGCAAGUGAUGAUCGUGGGAUCAAUGUCGUACGGACAAAAAUAAAGGAUUUUGCUGCUGUUGCUGUGGGUUCUGGUAUGCGCCAAGGUGGCUAUCCUUGCCCACCAUACAAAAUCAUCAUCUUAGAUGAAGCAGAUUCAAUGACUGAAGAUGCUCAGAAUGCGUUGAGACGUACUAUGGAGACUUAUUCCAAAGUCACAAGGUUUUUCUUCAUUUGUAACUACAUAAGCAGAAUAAUUGAACCACUGGCCUCAAGAUGUGCAAAAUUCAGAUUCAAACCUCUCUCCGAAGAUGUCAUGAGUAGUCGUAUCUUGCAUAUCUGCAAUGAGGAAGGCCUUAGUCUGGAUCAAGAGGCACUAUCAACUUUGAGCUCCAUCUGUGGAGGGGAUCUUCGCCGUGCUAUAACGUACUUGCAGAGUACCGCUCGCUUGUAUGGGUCUUCAAUUUCAUCCAAGGAGUUAAUAAGCGUUUCUGGGGUGAUACCUCAGGAUGUUGUUCAGACCCUGUUUGCAGCUUGUAAGACUGGGGAGUUUGAUGCAGCUAACAAGGAAGUUAGUAAUGUGAUUUCAGAGGGAUAUCCAGUAUCACAAAUGCUAUCUCAGUUCUUUGAACUGAUUGUUAGCUCGGAUGACAUAUCUGAUGUACAGAAGUCAAGGAUAUGUAAGAGGUUAGCUGAGGCAGAUAAGUGUUUAGUUGAUGGGGCAGACGAGUACCUGCAGCUGCUGGAUGUGGCCAGUCAUUCAAUGCGCGCUCUUUGUGACAGUCAGGAGAUGCAGUUUGAUUAGAUGCUGGAGACGGUUUGGCUAUCAACUUUGUCUUUUGCUCCAGACUACGUAAAUUUUCUUUAUGAUUGUUUUUCCUUUUUUAAAUCAGAGUUCCUUUAUUUAUUAUAUUGUCAUUUUUGUAACCUGAACAGAAUCUCUCUUUAAA